CUGCACAGCACAUCCUGGGAAAGGGAAAGAAUUGUCUCACUACAUUUUCACAACGCUUCCCCCCAUCCCAUGUGAUAUCCUGACGCAGCGUCACGUUUUGCGUCGCUCUGACGCAGGGGGUUUCCAUCAUGGCGUCGAUGCAGAAAAGGCUACAAAAGGAACUAAUGGCUUUGCAAAAUGAUCCACCCCCUGGAAUGACACUCAAUGAGAAAAGUGUACAGAACACCAUCACACAAUGGAUUGUAGAUAUGGAAGGAGCCACGGGCACACUCUAUGAAGGAGAGAAAUUUCAGUUGCUUUUCAAAUUCAGUAGUCGGUAUCCUUUCGAUUCACCUCAGGUAAUGUUCAUGGGAGAGAAUAUACCUGUACAUCCUCACGUUUAUAGCAACGGUCACAUCUGUCUUUCAAUACUAACAGAAGACUGGUCGCCAGCCCUCUCAGUGCAGUCAGUCUGUCUCAGCAUUAUCAGUAUGCUGUCCAGCUGCAAAGAAAAGAGACGGCCCCCUGAUAACUCCUUUUACGUAAAAACGUGUAACAAGAAUCCGAAGAAGACAAAAUGGUGGUAUCACGAUGAUACAUGCUAAUCCACUUUCUAAAAGUCCUACUGUCCCACAUAAAGCACUUUUUGAAUCAUACAGUCACUGAACUCUGACCUUUUGACUGGAACAAUGGACACCGUGAUGCCCCGGAGACUCUUUUUUUAAAUUUAAUUUUUUAACUGCAUUUCCCAUAGGGCAGUUGGGUGCAUGUUUUUGCCGGUUGUAAAUAUACAAAAUGAGAAAAAUAAAGGAAAGUUAUAUGUCCCAAAAAUGGAUUGUUUUGGCCAAAAGGUCGUUAUGCAGCCAGCAAAAAGAAAUGGUUUUGAAGUGAAGAUUAUUAUAUUGUUGUUGUUUGAAGAUGAUUCUUGUUUUCCUUUGUGUUUGUCUGAGUACAUUUAAAAGGUCGUCAUCAUGUGUUGUGUAAUAAUAAUAACAAUAACAAUAACAACGGUGGAUGCAUACCAGGAAGAGGAUCUGAACAUCUUGUACCAGGAAGAGGAUCUGAGCAUCUAAUACCAGGAAGAGGAUCUGAGCAUCUUGUACCAGGAAGAGGAUCUGAACAUCUUGUACCAGGAAGAGGAUCUGAACAUCUUGUACCAGGAAGAGGAUCUGAGCAUCUUGUACCAGGAAGAGGAUCUGAGCAUCUUGUACCAGGAAGAGGAUCUGAACAUCUUGUACCAGGAAGAGGAUCUGAGCAUCUUGUACCAGGAAGAGGAACUGAGCAUCUAAUACCAGGAAGAGGAUCUGAGCAUAUUGUACCAGGAAGAGGAACUGAGCAUCUAAUACCAGGAAGAGGAUCUGAGCAUCUAAUACCAGGAAGAGGAUCUGAGCAUCUAAUACCAGGAAGAGGAACUGAACAUCUUGUACCAGGAAGAGGAACUGAACAUCUAGUACCAGGAAGAGGAUCUGAGCAUCUUGUACCAGAAAGAGGAUCUGAGCAUCUUGUACCAGGAAGAGGAUCUGAGCAUCUUGUACCAGGAAGAGGAUCUGAGCAUCUUGUACCAGGAAGAGGAACUGAGCAUCUAAUACCAGGAAGAGGAUCUGAGCAUAUUGUACCAGGAAGAGGAACUGAGCAUCUAAUACCAGGAAGAGGAUCUGAGCAUCUAAUACCAGGAAGAGGAUCUGAGCAUCUAAUACCAGGAAGAGGAACUGAACAUCUUGUACCAGGAAGAGGAACUGAACAUCUAGUACCAGGAAGAGGAUCUGAGCAUCUUGUACCAGGAAGAGGAUCUGAGCAUCUUGUACCAGGAAGAGGAUCUGAGCAUCUUGUACCAGGAAGAGGAUCUGAGCAUCUUGUACCAGGAAGAGGAUCUGAGCAUCUUGUACCAGGAAGAGGAUCUGAGCAUCUUGUACCAGGAAGAGGAUCUGAGCAUCUUGUACCAGGAAGAGGAUCUGAGCAUCUUGUACCAGGAAGAGGAUCUGAGCAUCUUGUACCAGGAAGAGGAUCUGAGCAUCUUGUACCAGGAAGAGGAUCUGAGCAUCUUGUACCAGGAAGAGGAUCUGAGCAUCUUGUACCAGGAAGAGGAACUGAGCAUCUAAUACCAGGAAGAGGAUCUGAGCAUCUUAUACCAGGAAGAGGAACUGAACAUCUUGUACCAGGAAGAGGAUCUGAACAUCUAGUACCAGGAAGAGGAUCUGAACAUCUAGUACCAGGAAGAGGAACUGAGCAUCUAAUACCAGGAAGAGGAUCUGAGCAUCUUAACCCCAAAAAACUAAAAUAUUUUUGCUUUUACUGAAAUUAAAUGCACUGUGAAAAAAUCUAGGGGUACAACUAACUCAAUGUUAGUUAUUCCAGACAUGCAGUUAAUGUCUACUGUAAAAACACAAACAUCACCACUUCCUGUUUUCAGGGGAUGAUACAGUUUUAAAUGGCUUUACUUUGAACCAUUUAAUCAAGUGCAGUACUUCCUCUCUGCCUUCCAUCUUCCAAGGACAGACUUGAUUUCAGAAGUGGUCAAUUUGUCUGGUCUAUGUGUUGGCUAGAAUGUUGGUACUGACCAGGUUGAGACAAGAACGACAGUUGGAACUCUUUAAUUCACUGAGACUGUUUACGUACCUCUCUAGAAUAAUAUAGGCUGCACACAUAGUGGUGUUUGCUAGUCCAUUCGGUAAAGCCCAGAGUUGUGUGUGAAAACAUCACCUCUGUGUAAAGCCCAGAGUUGUGUGUGUGUGAAAACAUCACCUCCGUGUAAAGCCCAACGAUGUGUGUGUGUGAACAUCACCUCCGUGUAAAGCCCAACGAUGUGUGUGUGUGAACAUCACCUCCGUGUAAAGCCCAACGAUGUGUGUGUGUGUGUGAAAACGUCACCUCUGUUUAAAGCCCAACGAUGUGUGUGUGAACUGCUGUUGUGAUCCAUUUGUAUGAUACGUUGGUUUGUUUUGUUUUUGAUGAGAUAUGAAUGCUUUAAUCUCCUAAAAACAUAUUUUACGAUGUUUGUCUUGUUGGUUUUUUUGUACUGUUUUUCAGCUAGCUGACACUUUAUUUCUUUUUAAAGGGGGAGUUGUGUAUUUAAUAUCUUUUAUUUUGAUCUCCAGAGUGGUAGUAACAGUGAAAGGAAUCAGAACUGUUGUUUAGACUGAUUCCCUGGUCAGAGAUUGUUUAGACUGAUUCCCUGGUCAGAGAUUGGCUCGACUGAUUCCCUGGUCAGAGAUUGUUUAGACUGAUUCCCUGGCCAGAGAUUGGCUCGACUGAUUCCCUGGUCAGAGAUUGUUUAGACUGAUUCCCUGGUCAGAGAUUGGCUCGACUGAUUCCCUGGUCAGAGAUUGGCUCGACUGAUUCCCUGGUCAGAGAUUGGCUCGACUGAUUCCCUGGUCAGAGAUUGGCUCGACUGAUUCCCUGGUCAGAGAUUGGCUCGACUGAUUCCCUGGUCAGAGAUUGGCUCGACUGAUUCCCUGGUCAGAGAUUGGCUCGACUGAUUCCCUGGUCAGAGAUUGGCUCGACUGAUUCCCUGGUCAGAGAUUGGCUCGACUGAUUCCCUGGUCAGAGAUUGGCUCGACUGAUUCCCUGGUCAGAGAUUGGCUCGACUGAUUCCCUGGUCAGAGAUUGGCUCAGGUACUUUUUUUUUCAAUACGAGCUCACCUUUGAAAAAGAUAUCCUCCUGUCAGAUAUUUUGCAUUUUAACUAUAUUUUCACCAAAAAAAGAGACUUAUGUUGUGAAAUUACAGCGUAUGAAACUAUUAUAUAGAAGUCUUAAAUUGUAGACGGUAUUACGGAAGUUGGAUAUGGGUGCGUUCAUAUUUUUUUUUUUAAUAGGAGUGUUUUUGAGUUUCUCUGCAAUGUUUCUGGUCAAUAGGAUGUGUACGGCUACAUCGUUUUCAUCAACACCUCUACUGUUGGUCUGACGAGGUUGGUAUAUGCUUGCUGAGUUUAUAUGGACUUUUGUGCCAUUUUAUAUUAUCAAGCGAAACUAAUGAAGUCUAAAACAAAUUUCUUUAGUUUGGCCACAAAAAAACCUAAAACCCAAAAGUAUUGAGAGAAAUUAUUUCCUUGCCGUGUGUGUAUAUAUAUAUAUAUAUUAAAGUGUGUGAACCACUUAAUUCAGAAUUAUUAUUUUCAAUUAUAACUAUUGUGAUUAAACACCUUCUCCUUUGCCUGCAGUAUUAUAAUACAAAAUAAUAAUUGCAGGUUUUGGCACCUUCAUUCCAGCAAUAAAGCACCCUGCGUGUUUUCCUCUGAAGCUAAACAGGGUCCUGGUUCGUCCCUGGAUGGGAGACCAGCUGGAGGUGGUGAUGGAGGGUUAGUCGGGGGGGCAAAGACACAGACACUAAAGUCUUCUCCUAACGACACAGGGUCCUGGUUCGUCCCUGGAUGGGAGACCAGCUGGAGGUGGUGAUGGAGGGUUAGUCGGGGGGGCAGAGACAGACACUAAAGACCCAGGUCCUGGUUCGUGGUGAGGUGGUGAUGGAGGGUUAGUCGGGGGGGGCAGCAGGCAAAGAGGGAGGCGUUUGAACACAGUGUUUCAUUGAAAACUAUUUUAUAUUUUUAAAUUCAUUUGUUCACGCAUUUCAAAAUGAUUUCCUUGAAUAUUAUUGCACUCAAUACUUUUGGGUUUAUUUUGCUUCCGAUUUGGUUCUCCGAGUUUUGAUAUUAAUGGCACAAAAUGAACUCCGUAAAUUUAAACUUGUUAUUUCUGUAUCUACUACAACCUUACUGUGAGAUUGAAUCAGCAGCCCUCAACUGUGACUCCCAAGGCUGUAGGGUUCCACCCUAUUCCCUAUAUAGUGCACUACUUUAGACCAGGGCCCUAUAGAACCCCAUUCCCUAUACAUAGUGCACUACUUUAGACCAGAGCCCUAUGGAACCCUAUUCCCUAUAUAGUGCACUACUUUAGACCAGAGCCCUAUGGAACCCUAUUCCCUAUAUAGUGCACUACUUUAGACCAGAGCCCUAUGGAACCCUAUUCCCUAUAUAGUGCACUACUUUAGACCAGAGCCCUAUGGAACCCUAUUCCCUAUAUAGUGCACUACUUUAGACCAGAGGCCCUAUGUACGGUGGUCAAAAAACAGUGCACUAUAAAGAGAAUAGGGAUCCGUCUUGGGAUGCGCCCAGCCAGUGUCUUGCAGCAGCUCUCACUCCAUUCCUAUAGUUGUCUCCUUCCAUUCAGAAAUAAUUAUUCCCAUCAUUGGGAUAGUUUUUUUUGUAUUGUAACCUGGUUCUCUUUUCCCUUUGGUUCUAUAAGAGAAGAUAUAUAUUUCUGUCACAAUAUUAACCCUCUUGACUCAGUGAAUGUGUUUGUUAUAGAUAUGACUGUGGCACACUGGUGUCUAGGAAACGUAUUUAUGACUAUAUAAAGGAGUCUUCAUCUAUUUAAAACAAAUGAUUUUGUAUGACACUGUAGAAGGGUUAUCUGCUGCCUGGUGUUGACAAAACCCUAUCUUCCUACAUAGUGCACUACUUUAAACCAGAAUAUGGGUCCUGGUCUAAAGUAGUGCACUACAUAGGGAAUAGGGUUCCAUAGGGCUCUGGUCAAAGUAGUGCACUAUAUAGGGAAUAGGGUUCUAUUUGGGAAAGUAAACCACAGUCUGUCACAUUAUGACAUUUGGUGCAGGGACAAAACAGCCUUCAUCCACAGACCAGCAGACAUGUUAAAACCAGGAGUGGAUCUGUCAACAGGAUUCGGAUGGCUCUCUUUAUUUAGUUUUUAUUUAGUUAUAUAUAUAUUUUCCCAUUUUAAUGUGGUUUGGAUUCUUGGCCUGCAGAUUGUUGUGAUUGAUCAAUAUUGAUUAUUGGUAAUAUUGUUAUAUUUCUAAUAUAUUUUGAGAUAUACAAGCUCCAUGUCAGAGAUGCCUGUUCAUUUUAAUAAUCAAUAAUAAAAAUGUGGAGGUUCA